AUCGGAUCCAUGCAGCAGCGCGGACAUAAAUUACGGCCGCUUCGUAACUUGAACCAUGACAACCGCCCCCAAGCUGGCCUGACGCCUGUCUCCGAGUUCCCCCUCGUACUCUGGGCCUUCCUUCAGCUGGACAUCCGGGGGAACUUCCAGAAUACCGCUCCGACCCUUCUCCCGCGUUCCUCGGCUGCGUGUGCCGUUGAGAGCCCUCGCCUGCUGCUAUUUACCCCACCAUCGCCAGCGCUCAGCGGCUGGUUCACGGCGACACCUUCAAGCAACCGCCCUCCCAACCGCCCUCCCCGACCACGAAUCGCUUUCCGCAGCCCCCGCGGCCCUGCACAAAUAGAAUCUCGCCGCCAUGAUCUCAGGGCGUGGUAGUGCUGGAGCGCGGACGGGGCGUAUUCGUCCGCCCCGUCGGAUUGUGCGUGUAAGUGCUGUGCUCCUACAUCGGUCUUGAGAAGGGGUCGGCAGCUGGUAGCUGGUAGCUGGGCUGGCCGAUGCCGCUCCUACCGUGCAUCAUCAACGCCACUAACCAUGUUCUAAUACAGCCAAAUGGACCCGGCGAAGGUGCUGAUUUCGAGGCGUGCUGGAACAUGCUGAGAGAAGCACUCCGCGACAUUCACAACAAGAACUGCAGCCGACUCUCCUUCGAAGAACUCUACCGAGCAGCCUAUAAGAUCGUACUCAAGAAGAAGGGUGAGGUGCUAUACGACCGCGUCAAGGAGUUUGAGGAGCAGUGGUUUGCCGAGCACGUCAUCCCUAAGAUUGAGAUCCUCGUCACCAAGAGCUUGAUCAACAUUGGAGUCGACCGAACCUCGGCCACGUCCGUCAACGAGAGGCGACAAACAGGCGAGAAGUUUUUGAAAGGGUUGCGAGAUACCUGGGAGGAUCACAACAUGUCCAUGAACAUGACGGCCGAUAUCCUCAUGUACCUCGACCGAGGAUAUACCCAACUCGAGUCCCAACGAGUCCCCAUCUUUGCCACCACAAUCGCCCUUUUCCGAGACCACAUCCUUCGCUCCUGCUUAAACUCCAACAGUCGAGCUAUGGUAAUCGAUAUCCUGAUCUCCGUCAUCCUUGAUCAGGUCAACAUGGAGCGAGAGGGCGAUAUUAUUGACAGACAUCUGAUCCGAAGCUGCAGUCGAAUGCUGAGCUGCCUCUACGAAACGGAAGAGGAAAACGAAAACGACAAGCUGUAUCUGACAGUCUUUGAACCUCGCUUCCUUGAAAACAGUAAGACCUUUUACUCCGCCGAAUGCGAGAGACUCCUCCGAGAAUCAGACGCAGGUGCGUGGCUGCGACAUACCCAGCAGCGGCUGAAUGAGGAAGUCGAUCGGUGCGGAACCACAAUUGAGCUGGAAACUUUACCAAAGGUCACCAAGACUAUCGACCAAGAGCUCAUCGUGAACCACCUGUCCGAGUUCUUAGCUUUGGAAGGCAGUGGAUUGAAGUGGAUGAUCGACAAUGACAAGAUUGAUGAUCUUUCCAUCCUUUACCGACUGAUCUCGAGGGUUGAUGAGAAGAAGAUUGCACUUCGAGACAUUCUGCAACGACGAGUGGUCGAGCUUGGUAUCGAGAUUGAGAACACGCUGAAGAGCACCGACUUUUCAACGGCCCAGGGCGAUGGCGAAGAAGGUGGCGACGGAGAGAAGGCAAAGGCCCUAAAUCCUGCGGCACAACAGACCGCAGCAGCUAUCAAAUGGGUGGAUGAUGUCCUGCGCCUAAAGGACAAAUUCGACAACCUCUGGUCCCAGUGUUUCCAGAAUGACUUGAUUCUUCAGAGCGCCCUCACCAAGAGUUUCUCCGACUUUAUCAACUUGUUUAGCCGGAGUUCCGAAUAUGUGUCUCUCUUUAUUGACGAUAAUCUGAAGCGAGGUAUCAAGGGCAAAACGGAGGCCGAAGUCGACGUUGUGCUGGAAAAGGCUAUUAUCCUGAUCCGGUACCUACAGGAUAGGGAUCUGUUUCAGACAUACUACCAAAGGCACCUGGCGAGACGACUUCUUCACGGGAAAUCAGAGAGCUCUGAUGUUGAAAAACAGAUCAUCUCCCGGAUGAAGCAAGAAAUGGGCCAGCAGUUUACUAGCAAGUUUGAGGGCAUGUUCAGAGAUCUAGUCACGUCCGCGGAACUUACAACCAACUACCGAGACCAUAUUCGCUCCGUUGGGGAUGGGGGCAAGACUAUCGACCUCCAUAUCAACGUCCUCACCACCAACUACUGGCCACCAGAGGUCAUGGGCCGUACGGCCCAGAUUGGCGAUGGGUCGCGCGUUACCUGUACCUACCCGCCCGAGAUUACGCGACUGCAAGCGAGCUUCGAACAGUUCUACUUGACGAACCGCAAUGGACGCAAGCUGACUUGGAUCGGCACCACGGGUAGCGCCGACGUCAAGUGCACAUUCCCUGCUAUCCCUGGCAAGUCUGGCCUACUCGCCCGAGAGCGUAGAUAUGAGAUCAAUGUCCCGACUUUCGCCAUGGUUGUGCUACUUCUUUUUAAUGAUCUCGAAGAAGGCGCAUCGAUGACGUUUGAGCAGAUCCAAGACAAGACUAGCAUUUCGACAUCAGACCUGAUGAGGACCCUGACAGCAAUCGCUGUUGCGCCCAAGUCUCGAGUCUUGCUCAAGGACCCCCUCACCAAAUCGGUCAAACCAGGGGACAAGUUUACAUUCAACGCAUCAUUCCAGAGCAAGACGAUCAGGAUCAAGGCCCCCAUCAUCAAUGCUGUUUCCAAGGUCGAAGACAAUACCGAGAGGAAGAACACCGAGGAGAAGAAUAACCAGACGAGAGCUCACAUUGUUGAUGCAGCAAUUGUGAGAAUCAUGAAGUCCCGCAAGGAACUCAGCCACUCGCAGCUGGUCAGCGAAGUCCUCUCACAACUUUCAAGUCGCUUCCGACCCGAGGUGUCUCUCGUGAAGAAACGCAUCGAGGAUCUCAUUGCAAGAGAGUAUCUGGAGCGGCCGGAUGAGGAUGGCUCGCCGUCGCUCUACCGCUAUGUCGCUUGAUCAUGGGUGUUGACGAUGUCACGAAUCACGAAGAGAAGAAAAUUAAAAUAUACUACAACCCGCAUAACAUUUUGGGGCAGGAUCACUGGUGAUUUAGCUAAGCAUAUGCAGGCUUUCCGUCCAAGCAUGGUCUUGGAC